AUGCCACCGCCUGAACCCGACCAGAGUUCCCUAGACGACAGCUGGGCCUCCCUUGCGGACGCUGAGUCCUCGAAUGAAGACGACCUGCAAUCCGAGCACACCGACGUGGGAUCUCUCCUAGAUGUGCAUAGUUCAGAUGAUAUCCAGAGCGUUUCUGAUGAAGUCCCUAUCCACGACGAUGCCUUAUCGGAUGGAGAUGGCCUCGAAGACACUCUCACUGAAGAUUUAAGCCGCCAACCCAUCAUAGAUUCCCCUCCUGAGCGAGAAUAUGUCUGGCAUCAGCGGCCCCCUUUCCUUCCCAGCGCAGUCUUUUCGGAACAGGACAUGAAUCAAGAUGUCAAGGGUCCCAUCGACACAUUUACAACCAUCCGACCUCUCUCCGAAGGAGAGGCUCGAAGGCUGCCUCGUGGUGGUCAAAGAGAUGGAGAAAUGCCGAGAUACUUCAGCGUUAUUCGAAUGCCUACAUUGGAAAGUGGUCUAGACUUGGACGUCCACAACUACUUUAAGGUUCUCCUACUAGGCCACCAUGUUGAACAAUUCAAGCCAGAACUUCAGAGAAAACUCGGAGAUGUUUUAGUAUCGCGGCCUAUGGCAUCCCAUAAUGUCAGUCCAACCUCUGUUUCGAGGUAUCAUCUGGUACCGAACACUUUUGGGCCUGGAGCAGAACCAGAUUUCGCCGACCUUGUUGCAAUCGACAAACUGAUUGACUUUGAAUGUUAUGAUCUGGUUCAGUCAUCCAGUGGUCUCGGCCAGCAGGAACAGUUGACGCUUCGCAACAGCCAAACACGCUCAGAAAUUGUUUCAAUGUGGAGUGGCUCUAGAUUUGUGGUGGACAACCCUCGAUGGACUCUUCCGGAUCUUGCAAUCAUUUGCGUUCAUCUCGACGAUGCAGGUAACAUGAACAGUUCCAGUCGCAACAUGAUUUCCUUUGUGGAAAGACUGGGCAUACCUAAGGUCCUGAUCCGAAUGGAUCGGGGCUUGGAAGGCGAUUAUCGAGGCUGUGUGACAUCCGAUUCUCUACACGAAUGUAUUGAGACGAUACCUCUGCGGUCAUGGUCGGUGCAGCACAAGAUCUCACCACAGUUACCACUAGACAUGGCGGCAUUCUUGAACUUGGAUGCUGCAGCCCUCAACAAACACAUUGCGUAUGUUGUUUUGAUCGCUGAGAGAGCUCGUGUUUCCGAGAUCGAUGGCUUGAACUCCUUGUCGAAAGAACCUAACGAGAAAUCUCCGACCAAAACCUUCCUGCUCUCACAAGUCAAUGCUUCAUUCAUUAAGAAUGUCUUCAUCGUCCUAUGGGUCGUCGGCGUGUACAGCUUUCUGGGCUUCCGAUUAUGGCCGAUAUUGUCGGACCCAACCUCGGGUGCAAUUUCCGGUGACAUUGUUGCCAGUGUCACCGCAAAAGAACAACCACCUUCAGCAGGAAGGGAACUCUCUAUGUCGACAUCCGCAACUUCUGCUGACUGUUCAAAGGAGGAAAAUCAGGCUGCUCAACAACUGCUAGACAUUGCUUCGCUUAACGUUGUCCCUGCUGUUGCAGAUGACGCACUACAUUUCCAAGUCGGGGUCGCAGGGGAAGGUCAAUUGCUAGUCAAAUUGCCCAAGGUCGCUUUGAGUCGCAAGAAGCGCUCUCCCUUGUCGAUUGAGCUCAAGCGCAAGAACCAGACCGUCCCUGCGACUGUACAGGAGCUCUUUGAGGGGGUUUUCCGUGUCCAAUUGCAGCCAUAUGAUGCUUAUGGCGAUAUUGAAGUCAACCUGACCAUCAGAAAACCUCAAAUCAGCGAACUGAUCACUGUCUCCUUUAGCCCUCAACCGGCUUCCGAAUAUCAGCAUCUCAAGGCACUAUUUAGCAUGUUGAGCGGACGUGCCCAAGAGACGACGAGCAGCGUUUUUGAUUCCUGGAAGGGAGUGCGAGAAGGACAAGUCAUGGAUGGUUUCAGUUCUUUUCCGAAGCUUGCUAGCGCCGGAAGUCAGGGACAGAACUUGCUCAAUAGAGCAUGGCACUUUUUGAACAUGUCGGCACUUGCCGAUUUCCAGUCAUGGUUGAGAACGGAAACAAAUAUUCUACACGGUGAUGUGGUGCGCAUGACGCAGCACUACGCUCUUCCAGGUAAGAGGUUUAGCGACAUGCUGUCCGACAGACUCUCGAACGCUCGCCUGGCGUUAUUUGAUAUGGCUGAGGCCGUUGAUAUUCAGCGAUUUUCAAUGCCUGUUGGCAAGAAAGCCAUUCUUCGCCAGCUAGCCGCUGCACAAGAAAGAGCAAAGCAGAUUGUGACCAAGGCAGCAAGAAAAGUUCGUGCGUCAAAAGCACGGGCCUAA